GAGGGUCCCUUUAACGGCCUUGACUGUUAGCAGGCGCCCGUUUCGCUACCACCAGGCUGACUUGUGAUACGGGAUGGGUCGGGUUUUUCGCUGGUGCCGAAACACAGAGCUUCGGUGGCAGACGGGUUUUCUCCUGCCGCUGGAGCAGGCUUAGAGGCUCAGCGGCCCAGCGAGCUACACCAGCGGACCCCGGCCGCUGAACAGCGGCGGCGGCCGGGUUGAACGACCACAGACAACCGUCGGCCGCCAACUGCAGCAGCGACAGAUUCCCCAUCCUCCAAACCAUUCCUUUCAUCGUGACGCUUAAACAUUCACAAACCCCAUCCCUCCCAGCGACAUAUCCCCCACUCUUCAAACCAUUCCUGUCAUCCAACUCUCGUAACCUUACCAUUCACAAACUUCCUCCUUCCCUCCCUUCACAAACAUCAAUUUACCGAUAAAACUUGGCUGAACUAUCACCAGAGAUAAGCUGACAAGGCUGCUACAUAGUCAGCUGGUAUUUGUGCCUAACACACAAUCAUUAUGCAGAACCCGGACGAGGACACCGAGUGGAAUGACGUGCUGCGCGCCAAGGGCAUCCUUCCGGCCAAGGAGAAGGAGAUCACCGAACAGGACAUCGUCCAGAUGGUCGAGGACACCGUCAGCAAAAAGGUCAAUGGUCGGGGUCUGGACGAGAUGGGUUUGGACGAGCUGGACGAGCUCGAGGACGACGAGGACGAGCGCGUGCUGCUCGAGUACCGCCAGAAGAGGAUACAGGAGAUGAAGGCAGCCGCGCAGGCCGCCAAAUACGGAGAGGUGCGAGAGAUAUCUGCCGAGGACUAUGUGGAGCAGGUGAACCGGGCAGGAGACGGUAUCUGGGUGGUGCUGCACCUCUACAAACAGGGGAUCCCUCUGUGCACGCUCAUCAACCAAUAUCUAACAUCGCUCGCCGGCAAAUUUCCGGCGACAAAGUUCCUGAAGAGUAUCUCCACCACGUGCAUCCCCAACUACCCGGACAAGAACCUGCCGACGCUCUUCGUCUACCACGAGGGCAACAUGAAGGGCCAGCUCGUCGGACCGAUGACCUUCGGCGGCAUGAACCUGAAGUGUGACGAGCUGGAGUGGAUGAUAUCACAGAUUGGCGCGGUGAAGACGGACCUGGAGUCGGACCCUCGGCACAAGGUCCGGGACGUGCUCAUGUCACAGCUGGGGGGACGACGGCAGGAGGAUAGCGACGAGGACGACUGGUGACCUCGCCGUGACCUUAACAUGACCUCGCGGUGACCUUGCCGUGACCUCAGCUGGAUGUUUUGCCAGUCCAGUCUGUAUUGGUUGCCCGGAGAAAUUUAUAUUCAGUCUUUGUGCUUCGUCCAGGGAUUUGACAAUAUUCUCCGACCUUUUAUAACUGAUGCUCUGGCGUUCUUUCAUGGCAUAUACGCUGACCUAAAUUGAACUCAACUGAUCUAGACAGUUGAUUUUCGUUUUCAACAACGUCCUAUGUAAGCUCAGCCAAGCAAUUUGGUCACACCAGUCUGUAGUCUUCCCCGCAGUUUUCUUCACUGGAAAAGUGUGAGGUGCCCGCACCACUUGCUUUACUUCAGUCUUCAGCCGUAACAAGGUGAAGCGCGUGAGGAACAAAAAGUUGUUGGCAUGUUUGAUUAGUACGCAAAUUUGGGGCUUGAAAAACAUCUAUUAAUUGACGAGGUAUUGUAUGAAUGGUGUGAAAUGACGUGGCAGAUCAUGCUAUCGCAAUCCUACGUGUUUGUGUCCCUGUGUGUCCUAUAUAUCAUUCGAUGAAUGAUACGAGCGUGUUUGUGCCGUGGGCAUUGCGCGAGUGAUUGUGUUUUUACUUCACUAAUGUAGGCAGUGAUGCUUUAGUGCAUCGACCAUUUUACCAAAGCUUUUGCGAUUGAUAACUUCAUAAAAAUCGAUACCUAUCCUUUUGCAAAUCAUAAGAUGAUCGACCGCAUGUAGCAAUAGCUUCGUGUUGGCAUCGUGCAAUGCAGAGGUUACGUUUGCCAGGAAAUUGUACGAAAUUAUUUGGUCAGGGAACCGUUUCGUCCGUUUUCAUAAAGUGUCUCCCGAGAGCAUCGCUAGUGUUUGCUGUGAUAUAACAGCAGUGCCGUUUUUACCGAGUUGUUUUUGAAUAUAUAACAUGAAUGCAAGA